GAGCUCCACCGCGGACGACGAGGCUCCCAGGCCCACCCAGAACGGAGGCCGGCCGGCCAUGGAGAGACCCCCUCAGCCCUGCAAGGCUCUUCAGGACAAUAAUUGCUACUAUUCGUUGAGACCAUCCACGAGUCACUAGUUGGCUGGAUAUUUUAUGGACAUGGCUCACUUAAUCCUUACAAUAUCCCUAAGAGAGAGGCGUCAUUAACUCAUUUCACAGAUGGAGAAACUGCGUCAAGGAGUCCGUAGACUGCCGAGCGUGGAGGAAGCGAAGGUGCCCAGGUCACCACCAGCGGCCUUCAAAGAUGAGGAGGAGGACGUCCAGGCCAUCCUCAGGACACGGCAGGAGCGCAGGCAGAGGCGGCAGGUGGUGGAGGGGACACAGGCGCCCGUCCUGGCACAGCUGGAGGCAGAGGAGGGACGGGACAGCUCGGGCCCUGGGCAGGUGCCCAAGAAGGAGGCAGAGCUGCCGCCUCGCCGGAGACUAAGCCAGGAGCAGCGGGGCCCCUGGGCCAGGGAGGAGGAGAGCUUGGCGGGCAGAGAGCCGGGAGGCUGGAAGAAGGGGGUCUCGGAGAAGACCCCAGCUCCAGACAAGAGCCCGGUUUCGGGGAAGUCCUCCGUUCCAGAGACGACAUUAGCACCUGAAAAGAGACUGGUCUCGGAGGAAACUUCCGUCUCCGAGAAGGGCCUGGGCCCCAAGGAAACAUCUGUGUUGGGGAAGACAGCAGUGUCAGAGAAAAGACCCAUCACAGAGAGAAAGGCAGUUCUAGAAAAAACAGGCAUCUCAGAGAAGCCGCCUGCCCCAGGGAAGACGUCGGGCUCAGAGAGGAGACUGGUGUCUGAGAAAGCGUCGAUCUUUGAGAAGUCCCCGGCCACAGAGACAAAGCUGGCCCCAAAGAGGGCAGCAGCCUCGGAGCAGCUGGCCUCUGGGGGAAGCCCGUCCAGCACCAAGGAGCAGGGAGGAAGGGCCCUCCCCGAGAAGAGCCCCCAGGCCUCCGCAGAGCUGGGAGAGCAGGGGGCGUUGGACCGUCCAGCUGUGGCUUCGCGCCUCCCUCCCAUCACACUCCAGGUGAAGAUCCCCAGCAAGGAAGACGAGGUGGACGCGGCCUUGCCCACCCAGGCCACCUUCAGCAGCUCCCUCAAACGCUCCAGCCCCAGGACCAUCUCCUUUCGAAUGAGCUCCCGGAAAGACAACUCGGAAACAGGCUUAACCCGCAGCGCCAGUGUGAGGCUCCCAGCCAGCACGGUCAAAUUAGGCGAGAAGCUGGAGAGAUACCACACAGCUGUGCAGAGAUCAGAAUCCGUCAAGAGUCCUGGCUCCUCCCGCACUGAGUUCUUGGUGGCUCCCGUGGGUGUAGCCAGCAAGCGCCAUCUCUUUGAGAAGGAGCUGGUGGGCCAGAGCAGAGCAGAGCCAGCAUCCAGUCGGAAGGAGAACUUGAAGCUUUCAGGGGUUGUGACAUCGAGGCUCAACCUGUGGAUCAGCAGGUCCCAGGGGUCUGGAGAUCAGGACCCCCAGGAGGUGCAGAAAGAAUCAGCCGCCGCCAGGAGGACCCCAAGGGGAAGCAAAGCAGAGCCCUCCCUGGACGUCGAGGUGUGACAGCGCUGCCAGGACUGUCCUGCAAGUCCGUUCCAAGGGCCCUCUGUCCUGCCAGGCCCUCCCUCCCUGCCUCUCACUGCCCCUGCCCCCUUUCUGCCUCUGGGCCAGGGGCCGGGCACGUCGGGAGACGCUGCCAGCUCCUUCCCAGCUUUGCCUCGGGGGCAGGUGUGCCCUGGCCCCUAGUUCUGUGGCCGGCACAGCAGAUCCCAGGACCCAGCAUCAGCCGGGCACAGCACUGCCUCUUGUCGGCGUCUCGUCCAGAGACUGCUCGAAGCAGGUGCCUCCUCGUGCCUGUGACGUCUCUCCCUCACUGAGUCCUGGACUUCCCCACCUUAUUCCCUGGAGCCCGCUCCCAGCUUGCCAAGGCCCACUCCGCCAGACCAUGAAGGAGCUGCCCUGCCUCCCACUUGCCCACCCCUCCCUUCCCUGCCUGUUGCUCUGGCCAGGAGCUCAGUGCCUGUUUGUGCCCCCUCACCCCACCCCCUCUUUGAAAAACCUAGUCUCAGGAAAGUUCUAAUAAACUCAUUCACUCUCAGGUAUAAGGGACUAAUAAUGCCUUAAAAAUGGAUUCCUUCCUGGAGGCUUUGCUUUUUAUCAGGGAUCAUCUGCCGUGUGUGAGGAGGAUUGUUUAGUUGGGAGUUGGGGGGUCAGUCAUCAUUUUCCUAGCAGCCUCCUGUUUUC